AGCUGGCGCUGUUUUUCGCUUUUGUAUCUUUGCAAGCGCCGUUAUGAACAGAGCGGCCAAGCGCCAUAAUUCCAAGUGAAAAGUGAUAUUGUGAGGCAACUACGCUUUAGUAUACAAAAAGAAUAAACAACAAAUAUUAAGUAUAGCUCACAUUUAAAUAACUAACAAUUUAAAAUAUCACAACGGAGCGCGCAAAUAAGUCAAAGUACCAAAUUUGAAAUAGAAAAUACACAACGCACGGCAAUUACAGCGCGCACGCAGUCGCUGUGUAGCAGGACAAAACAACAACAACAGCAGUAGCAGCAGCAGAAAGAUAACCAGCGCAAACAUAGAAGCAUUUCAAAAUGGCGCCAAUUAAAGGUACUACACGAACUGCUGCAAGCAACCAGGCGACCAUAAACGCACUUCUGCCCAUGGCAGCCGUAAGAGGAAAGGGAUUGAGCCGUCGACAGGCCAACAGUGGUAUCGAUCAAAAUGCGGAAAACAUCCAAACACGCGCUAAGCGUAAGGCCGAUCAUAGCCCCAUCAAGAAUGAUAAGAUCAAGCGCUCGGCGCUGGGUAAUUUGACUAACAAUGUUAAGAUCAUGACGCUACAUCCAGGCGACGAGGAGACCCAACAGCAGCUGCCCAAAAAACCGACGGCACAACAACUGCAGGCGCUCCUGGAUGCAAAGAAUAAUGACAAUUCAAAUAUCUUAGCUGCAGUUACUGCUCCAGCUCCAAGUGCUAUGGUCAACAAAAUAAUGACGCGCGCCUCAACCAAGACAGAGGAUUCGGUGGAGAACUGUCACAGAGCGCUGGACAGAUUCGAGGAAUCGUUGGCACUAAAACGGACACGCAAGCCGCCAGUGGCUCAAAAAAAACCAACCACAGUAAUCGCUGAACAAAAAAUUGCCGCUGUGCAGGCGCCGGUUGUUCCAAAAUUGGCUGCACCACAUCCGGCAGCUGCUAUAAAGGUGCGGCGCAUAUCCAAUGACUUUAAUAAGACUGAGGAGAGCCUAUACAUGUCCGCACUGGAGGAUAUCUCCAGUAGCGAUUCCAUGCGCUUGUCCGGCAAUUUUGAGGCGGCGCGUCGCCUCUCUGCUAAAUUACAACUAAAGACUGAACAGCCAAAGGCCGCAACGAUGCAGCAGCAGGCGGUGCUUAUGGAGGCAGCAUCCGCUGCAGUGGUGAGGCCUGUCACCCCCGUGCCAGAUGAUGUGGAGGACUUUGAUCGCAAGAAUUGGGAUGAUCCCUUCCAGGUGUCCAAUUAUGCCAGGGACAUUUUCAAUUAUCUGAAAACGCGCGAGCCAGAGUUUCCCAUUAUCGACUAUAUGCCGAAACAGGUACAUUUGACAACCUGGAUGAGAACGCUGUUGGUGGACUGGAUGGUCGAGGUGCAGGAGACCUUUGAGCUUAAUCACGAGACUCUCUAUUUGGCUGUUAAAAUUGUCGAUCUCUAUUUGUGCCGUGUGGUUAUUAACAAGGAAAAACUGCAGCUACUGGGUGCAGCUGCCUUUUUCAUUGCUUGCAAGUAUGAUGAACGCCAGCCGCCGCUAAUUGAGGACUUUCUGUAUAUAUGCGAUGGAGCCUACAAUCAUGACGAAUUGGUCAAAAUGGAAAUGGAAACGCUGCGCACCAUUAACUACGAUCUCGGCAUACCGCUCUCCUACCGUUUCCUGCGUCGCUAUGCUCGCUGUGCCAAGGUGCAAAUGCCUACACUUACCCUGGCGCGUUACAUUUUGGAGCUGUCGCUUAUGGACUAUGCCACCAUCAGUUUUAGUGACUCCCAAAUGGCGUCGGCCGCUCUCUUUAUGGCACUGCGCAUGCAUGGCGGCACGGCCAACCUGCACAACAACACCUGGACAUCGACGCUGAUCUUUUACACAGGCUAUCAGCUGGCCGAUUUUGCCGAAGUUGUGCCCAUACUGAAUGCAGGAUUACAUAGGAAGCCAAGGGCCACCAUAAAGACGAUACGGAAUAAGUACUCGCACAAGAUAUUCCAUGAGGUGGCCAAGGUGCCGCUGCUCAGCAACGGCGAGCUAUUCCAAAGCAAUCUCGAUCUGAACGAUAGUAACUUAUCCACCUGAGCCACACAAUUGCGGGCCUUGCUCUGUUGUAACGCCAAUUAGCCAAAUUGAUAAUGAGCAACAACUGUUACGCUUCACUAGAUAUAUAAGACGCUUCAAUCAAUUAAUCCGUUAGAGAUGCCGACCAGUCAAAAUAUCAACCCUAAUAGCAAGAUACUUAUAUUUUUAUUUCAUAUUAUUUUCGAUUUAUUUUGUACUUUUUAUUGUUUGCUUUAUUAUUGGCUUACAUUUAUGACUUUUUCCCAUAAAUUUUAUGUUUAUCACGCUGAUUGUUUCAAUUCAUGUUUAUUGUUUACACUCCUAUUAUAUAAAUAACAAAUUACCCAAACAUCAAUUAAGCUGGACAGCAAACUUUUGUCACCCAUCUAUUUAAAUUUAUGCUAUUUAUAGUCUGGAGAACCACUUAAUAAAUCUUACACCUAUUUUAAGCAAUCGCAACGCCAACGCCGUUUGAUGAUGGUGGACACCAAAGCUGACAUGGACUAUACGUUUUAACAUUUAAUACCACAAUUCUUCAGAGUUUUACACGUCUAGUAGUACUAACAACUAACCGAUGCCAGAUGCUCUACGCCGCUGAUGGCCCAUUCAGAUUUAUGUAUGUUAUGUUGUAGUUGUUGUAAGAUGAUUUCUUUUGUUACCAUUCAUGACACAAUGUUUUAGUUUGUAAUGGCGAAAAGAACUUUCUGUACUCUAAAUAACUAGUUAUGUAUGUAUUCGUAUUCCAUGUUAUCUAUAUAUAUAUAUGUAUGUAUGUAUGUAUGUAUGUAUGCAGGUACGCUGCCGAGUCAAGAGA